AUGAUUUUCUCGGCAAUUCGUUCAACAGUUCUCGCAACGUGUAGUCGUUCAUUACGAAUUAGUUUUAUUAAUUCAUCGCUAAAUAAUAGUGCAUUUAUGCGUUACAAAUCUAGUGGAGUACGCGGUGCAGUUAUUGGAAUUGAUCUUGGUACGACAAAUUCAUGUGUAGCAGUUAUGGAGGGUAAGCAAGCAAAGGUAAUAGAAAAUUCGGAAGGCGUUAGGACUACUCCAUCAGUUGUUGCAUUUACCAAGGACGGUGAAAGAUUGGUAGGUGCACCAGCUAAACGGCAGGCAGUUACGAAUUCACAGAAUACCUUAUAUGCCACGAAGCGCUUGAUUGGGCGGCGUUUUGAUGAAUCUGAUGUGCAGAAGGAUUUGUUAGGAUUUGUUUUUUUGAUGAUUGUUGUUCCUUUUAAAAUUGUUCGUGCUUCUAAUGGUGACGCUUGGGUCGAAGCGCAAGGCAAAGUUUAUUCUCCUUCUCAGAUUGGUGCAUAUGUGUUAAUGAAAAUGAAGGAAACUGCUGAAAGUUAUUUGGGUUCAACAGUUAGCAACGCUGUGAUUACUGUUCCGGCGUAUUUCAAUGAUUCCCAGCGACAGGCUACGAAAGAUGCUGGUCAGAUCGCUGGUCUUAAUGUUUUGCGCGUAAUCAACGAGCCAACUGCCGCAGCACUUUCUUACGGCCUUGAUAAAGCUGAAGAUAAAAUAAUCGCCGUGUAUGAUUUGGGAGGAGGUACUUUUGACAUUUCUAUUCUCGAAAUCCAGAAAGGCGUUUUCGAAGUAAAAUCAACGAAUGGUGAUACUUUUCUCGGCGGUGAAGAUUUCGAUAAUGCGUUAGUGAAUUAUCUUGUGGCUGAAUUCAAGAGAGAUUCUGGAAUAGAUUUGCAUAAUGAUCCUAUGGCCAUGCAGCGUUUACGCGAAGCAGCUGAAAAAGCGAAAUGUGAAUUGUCCUCCACAGCCCAAACUGAUAUAAAUUUGCCAUAUCUGACUAUGGAUUCGUCAGGACCUAAGCAUAUGAAUAUAAAGCUUACAAGAGCAAAGUUUGAGCAACUUGUGGGUGAUUUAAUCAAGAGAACCAUCGAACCAUGCCGUAAAGCAAUGCACGAUGCUGAAGUGAAACCAUCUGAUAUUGGUGAAAUCCUUUUAGUCGGUGGCAUGACUAGGAUGCCGAAGGUGCAACAAACAGUGCAAGAGACAUUCGGUAAGCAACCUUCAAAAGCGGUUAAUCCAGAUGAGGCCGUUGCUAUCGGCGCGGCGAUUCAAGGAGCCGUUCUUGCUGGUGACGUUACGGACGUACUGUUGCUUGACGUUACGCCGUUGUCUUUAGGUAUCGAAACACUUGGUGGAGUAAUGACAAAAUUGAUUACUAGAAAUACUACCAUUCCUACGAAAAAAAGUCAGAUAUUUUCAACUGCUGCGGAUGGGCAGACCCAGGUAGAAAUAAAAGUUUAUCAGGGCGAACGUGAUAUGGCUGGUGAUAACAAAUUGUUAGGACAAUUUUCACUGAUCGGCAUUCCACCGGCACCGCGAGGUGUACCACAAAUUGAAGUCACAUUUGAUAUUGAUGCGAAUGGUAUCGUUAACGUCUCAGCUCGUGAUCGGGGAACAGGAAAAGAGCAACAGAUUGUUAUUCGUUCUUCUGGAGGAUUGUCCAAAGAUCAAAUUGAAAAUAUGGUAAAAGAAGCAGAACGAAAUGCUGCAGCUGAUGCGGCAAAAAAAGAAAAGAUUGAAGCGGUCAAUCAAGCGGAAAGUAUAGUACAUGAUACGGAAUCUAAACUCACCGAGUUUAAGGACCAGUUGCCUGCUGAUGAAGUUGAGUCGUUGAAAACAAAACUCGACGAAGUGCGCCAGGUUUUAGCUAACAAGGAGAAUGAAACAUCUGAAAAGAUUCGUGAAUCAGUGAACAGUCUUCAGCAGAGAUCGCUAAAACUGUUUGAGGCGGCGUACAAGAGGAUGGCUGAAAAAAACCAAGGCGGUGCGCAGGAAGCUAAAACCGCUGAGGAGCCAAAGAAAGAAGAAAAUAAAUAG